AUGUUCGGUAUUCUUGGCGUGAUUCAUUCCAGCUUACCAUUCGGAGGAAUUUACUUUCCUGGGCAAGAAAAGUAUUACUAUUUUAUAGCAAUUUUCCAGUUGAUUGGUAUGUACCUAAAUUCAGUUUGUAAUGGUACCAUAGAUUGUGUUUCUGUAAUCCUGAUGCAAUUAGCAUCUAAUCAAUUUGAUGUCUUAAAAGCACAUUUAAAAAAUAUAAAAUAUACAGAUGACAAAGACGUUUCAAAGAAAAUCAAAACACAAAUUGGAUUUCACCAGGAAAUAUUAGAGUAUUGUGAAUUGGUUGAAGAAUUAUUAAAUUAUGGAAUUUUAGCUCAAUUUCUAUGUAGCGCCAUAUCGAUUUGCUUUACUCUACUCCAAUUAAUAAUGAUUCCAUACAACUUUAAAAUGUCUAUAAUCUUAUUAUAUUUGACUUGCAUAUUGUGUCAGUUAUGGAUGUAUUGUUGGUUUGGACAUCUAGUUUUAGUUAAGAGUUCGGAAGUAAUCGAUGCUUGUUACAUGUCUGAAUGGUAUAAAUGUCAUCCAAGGAUGAAAAGCUUUUUUUUCUUAAUCAUGGAGAGAAGCAAGAAGCCUACCUACUUCACAGCUGGAAAGUUUUUCAUCUUAUCGUUGACAACAUUUGUUACUAUUUUGAAAUCUUCGUAUUCUUACUUUGCAGUUCUUCAGCGAAUGUAUGAAGGAUGA